AUGCUUUCCUUGUCCCACUUUUUUGAAACCCCAUCAGGCCUAGAGCAAUCAUUGACUAUGUUAGUAUACACUGAUCCACUUGAUCAAAAUCAUGUCUCUAGAGUCAGAGUUCUAUACUUAGAAUCAAGAUAUAAAUCACAAAUUCUCUGGAUGCUUUCAAAAAAGAUCAUGGAUCAACGAUCUUUGGACCGUGAAUUAUAUGAAGCUGCCGAGGCGAUGGAUUUGAAGGAAGCCAGAAUACUCUUGGACCGAGGAGCAAACCCCACUGCAUUGGCUGUAGCGCGGGAUAAAGGUUUCAAAGACGUGGUGGAAAUUCUUGAAAGUGUCGGCGCGACUGAGUGGCGACCGGCUCCAAAGGAUAGUGAUUCUUUUCCCUAUUGACAUGUUCAUUUUUCUUGAGUAUGCUGAUCAUGAACUGUCUUCUAUAACAUUAUGAUGUCGCUCUACAUUUAUAAUUAUAUAGUAAAUAUUUGUCUGGGUUGUCUUACAGCAGACUGGCUG